CAUACCUCCUUCAAGUACAGGAAACACAGCUUAGAAGCUCCUUGUUCAGUUACCAUUCUUUCUGACUUUAUUUCCCCACUUCUUCUGCAUUUUCUCAGAAUAUGGCACGCAAGCUGAAGAUUUUCCUUUACAUUGUUUUGAUUCUCUGCCUGGUGGCAAUGGCUGUGGCUAAAGAUCAACAGGCUAAAUCCAAAAUCGACACCAAAGGUUGUUAUCUUCCAUUCUGUUGCUGCAAUUGGAAUCCUCUGGACUGUCUUAUCCAUUGGUGCUGCUGCUACUAAUGGACGCUUUUGAACAAACAAUAACGGUGGACACUCCAAUGUCCAUGUGCGCAGCUCGAUCUGAAUCAGAGCUGGCUCUGACUAUGAGAAGAACUUUGCUUCUUUUGACGCAUUUCAAUUACUAGGAAAGAUGUGAAAAAACGAACUAUUGCGAUCCUUGGUGAUCACAUGCAGGAUCAUGAUAUUUCGUGUUAUGAAUUUCCAACUCCAACGACGAAUA